UCAAGUGCGAGCUCGAAUUCUCAUCUCCUACAUCCCCAUGUGCCCACGAGCUACGUUUCUCAUUAUUUCACCAUUAGAUCGGUCAAAGACAAAUAAUCUGCUGACACGCGUCUAUCAUAGAUUCCAUAGGCUGUCUUCCCUAUAUAGAGGGAGUGUGCAGACGCCAACCGCCACUGCCCCAUUUCUAAGCAAAUACAAAAUCCGGUCACCAACUUUCCAAAACUGUCGUUUCUUCCUGUUCGAUGAUCGCAAAUCAACGCGGGCCGGCUCGCCGGAUUCUUACUUUUCCGGCAGUGCAACCUUGCGAGAGCAUAAGCCCAUCAACGCUGCUUACUUCGCUAACUAAUCUAGCUCUCCAGAUUUGCGACUACAAGUCCAAAUCUUUCUCUACCAAUGCACGAAACGCGCGCGAAAUCAUUCGCCUAAUCAACAACAUUACCAUAUUCCUCGAAGAAAUCCGGACGGGUUUUCGUUCGGAUCAGUCCGAUUCGAUUGUACUCAGUUUGUCGGAACUUCAUUUGACGUUGCAAAAGGUUCUGUACUUGCUGGAAGAUUGUACCCGAGAAGAUGCUCGUCUAUGGAUGCUAAUGAUGUCGGAGCGGGUGGAGAACCACUUCCAGGUUCUUGUCCGGGCGAUAUCUGCGAGUUUGGAUGUUCUGCCGCUCAGGUUGCUUGACGUGCCCAGCGAAGUGAAGGAGUUGAUUGAAUUAGUGACGAGGCAAGCACACAAAUCAAGAUUUCAAAUGGACCCAAAUGAUAAACUGGUAAUCAAAGAUGUUUUCUUGCUUCUGAAUCAGUUCGAAAAUGGUGUUGUUCCUGACAGGAGCAAUAUAAAACGAGUUCUGGAUUAUAUUGGGAUCCAAAAAUGGAGCGAUUGCAAUAAAGAGUUGAAGUUUAUGGAUGCAAAGAUAGGAUUCUUGCAUUCAAAUGAAAAGAGAAGUGAAUUGUCGCUUUUAAGUAGCUUGAUGGGGUUCUUGAGCUAUUCAAGAUGCGUGGUGUUCGAUUCUAUCGAUACCAAAAAAGCCCAACAACAGCAGAUUGAUGGUAGACGUGGCAGUGAGCUGCUUAGCUGCCUUAACAGUGAUGAUUUUCGAUGCCCAAUAUCACUGGAGGUCAUGAAAGAGCCUGUCACCAUAGAGACAGGGCAUACUUAUGAUCGGUCUUCGAUAUUGAAGUGGUUCAGGUCUGGAAACCCCACUUGUCCGAAAACGGGAAAGAGACUUGGAACAACAGAACUAGUCCCAAAUUUAGUGCUUAAGGAGCUAAUUCAACAGUACUGCUUCCAAAAUGGGAUCCCUUUUGCUGAGUCUAAACACAAGAAUCGUGACAUAACCAGAACGGUUGUUGCAGGAAGUUUGGCAGCUGAAGGAGCUAUGAGAUUGGUCGCUGAUUUUCUUGCAGGUAAGUUCACAAAUGGAGAUAAUGUGGAGAGAAAUAAAGCAGCUUAUGAAAUUCGGAUUCUUAGCAAAGCAAACAUUUUUAAUCAGGCUUGCUUCGUGGAAGCUGGUGUGAUCCCAUAUCUAUUGAAGCUGUUGUUGUCUAAAGAGUCUUUAUCUCAAGAGAAUGCCAUUGCAGGUUUAUUGAAUCUUUCGAAGCAUUCAAAAAGCAAAGCUUUGAUUGUUGAGAAUGGAGGAUUGGAGCUAAUUGUUGAAGUUCUAAAGAAGGGGUUACAAGUUCAAGCUAAGCAGCAUGCUGCUGCUACAUUGUUUUAUCUUGCUUCGGUGAAGGAGUACAGGAAAUUGAUUGGGGAGAUUACUGAGGCUAUACCAGCUUUAGUAAACUUAAUAAGUGAAGGACAUGAUCAUGCCAAGAAGAAUUCUUUGGUUUCGAUUUACAUGUUGCUUAUGCAUCCUGACAAUUUUUGGAGAGUUCUAGCAACUGGAGCAGUUCCUUUGCUUCUCAAUCUUUUAACAUCUUGUGAAAGAGAAGAACUAGUGACAGAUUCUUUAGCAGUUUUAGCUAAAUUAGCAGAAAAACAAGAUGGGGCUAAGGUAAUUCUACGUUCUGUAGCUUUGCCUAAAAUUGUGCGGAUUUUGGAUUCCUCCAAUUAUUCAAGGGCAACAAAGGAGCAGUGUGUAGCGUUGUUGCUGGGUUUAUGCAUUAAUGGUGGUACAGAUGUGGUAGCCCAUUUGGUGAAGAGCCCUUCUCAUAUAGGAUCAUUAUAUUCUCAACUCAGUGAAGGCACUGCUCGAGCAAGCAAGAAAGCAGGUGAUCUCAUCAGGAUCCUCCAUGGAUUCUAUGAAAGGAACUUGUCUGGAUCAAAGAAUCCAAUUCUCCCGCAAGAACGGUUUAUUCACGUUUGGUAACCCAAUUUUUUUUGGUACACUCCAUCGUCAUUCUUCUAUCUUCUUUCAAGAAUGCCUCCAUGUAAAUACUACAACGUUGGAGGAAUGCUUCUUGCUUGAUUUUUGUAUCGUUAGCUCAGUUUUUUGAAGAGCUAAUAUAAUAAUAAUAAGAAUGAAACUUUGUACAAACUUAGUAAAUUCAUCCAUCAGAAGUAAUAAAGGAAGAAUUUUUAUUAUUUUA